CGCGCGGCGAGGACAAUCGUCUGUGAUGGCGGGGUGGCGGUGUAAAAGUGCAGUGCUCCCUUGCUGCUGGUGCUGGUGCUGCUGGUAUCGGUUUCUGAUGGCGGUGAUGAAGUCUGGUUCAAGCCACCGUUUAGUACGGCCGAGGCUUUGUAGAGCGCUGGAGACUUGCGCUUUUGUGACAGCUCAACGAAGUCCUCGAGAGCCAUGUAGGCCCCUGCCAGCUGUGUAUGCCUCGUAACGACAUCGGGCGUCAUGUGAGGCACGGACCCGCGCGAGGUGAUGGCGAUGAAGUUGGGCGUGUCGAUGGGCAAUCUCGCGCGCUGGCGGGGCAGGGCCAGCCGGCCAACCCGUGCGGCGCCGUGGUCGAGCUUAACGUUCUUGAGUAUUUCGAACAGCAUUGUCUGCAAUGAUGCCGUGUGCUCCGCUCCUCUGCCUCCUCCCGAUGCUGGUGCAAUGGGCACUGCAGGAUCCAUCAUCCGUUUGGCCUCUUGAGGCUCAACAGGCCCUGGUGUUUUGGCGGGGCAGUGCGGGAUCGGAUACUGUGGCCAAAAACGAAAUGCUGUGGUGGAAGUGCCCGACCGCCGCAAGAGCUUCAGUGAUGCUGGCUCGGCAAGUCGUGAUUUCCAAGUUGUUCUGUUUUGCGCAGAACAAAGCCGAGUUUUGUCGCGUUGGCGGGCUGACGAUGUCUGGAACUGAUGCGUGAGAGGGUCAUCAGGCAGCGGAGUCGGGCAGAUUUCUUUAGCAGACUACUUUUGCGUGGCGGCAGUCAUUGACAGUGCCGCCGAUUUGACACGAUCUUGAUUUGCAAACUUCGGUUAUGAGAAGGAUUGAACUUCAGAAUUACUCUCAAUUCCUUUCCUUUAC